AAGAGGCAGAAGGGUGUGUGCUCACAUGAACCACUCUUGCCCUUCUCCGUGUGUGCCACGAGUCAGUCUAUCUUUCAGGCAAAGAAUAGAAAAGUUAGGGCAAAGUCUGAGUCAGCUCCAGCAGCUACUAGACACUCUCAGCAACUCCCUCCACAGUGACAGGUUUCUUCUCUCUCUUUUCUGUUUUUUUUUUUUUUACUGCUCUCUCACUCAUUCACUCUCUCUCUCUCUCUCUCUCUCUUUCACACACACAAAAACACACACCACAACCACCACCACCACCACAACCACCACCACCACCCGUCACUCCUGGCUGAGGGAAGACAAGACCACAGGAGAACUGUUACACACCUUUACUCCCAGCUACUCACCCAGACAUCGACAGACGCUUUGCCCAGGAUGUGGACGCUUGUCUUGGGGGUCACCUUUGGAUUAUUGGCCUCCUCCAGGUCGGAACAACUUCAAGUGAAUUCCCGCAGCUGCAGCUAUGCCGGGGUUUUUCUGGCCGAGGGACCAAGUCGCCACUCCCUGAACUUUGACUCGGCUCAAAAGGUGUGUGAGCAGCUGCAGAACUACUUGGCGAGUCCAGAACAAGUCCAGGAGGCCUAUGAUAAAAACAUGGAAACAUGCAGAAACGGCUGGACCAGCAAUAUGAGCGUUGCCAUACUCAGACACUCGCACCAUGAAAACUGUGCAAAGAACAUGACAGGCUUCAUUAUUCAUUCACGUGAAAAUCCUGAAGAACUCUGUGAUGCUUACUGCUAUGAUGAAAAAGCUGGGCCUGAGGAGGACUGUACGAAAGCAUUUGCAGUAGAGGAACACUUAACCUCAGAUGCACCAGCUGAACCCUCACCACAGCCUCAGGCCCCAACACCAGCAGAGGGCCACAAAGAGACUUCUGAUAGUGAGGUUGGCGACCCGAUGGUAGCCACUGGGGAAGAGGCUCUUGGGGAUGUGACCAAAAUGACCCCGUCAGCCAACACGACUCUGAGUCCAGACAAACCAGAUGCUGCCACGGAGGGACCUGCAGUGGAAGAAAACACAGUUGGAGAGACUGAGAACAGCAAUGUGGGGUCCACUUUCACUCCGAGAGAGUUUGACAUUGGAUCAGGGAUGAUGCCCCGCUUCUUUGAGGAGGAAGAAACCUCUCCAACUGUUGGAGAGCCAGACGAAACACAACCUCCUACUGACGACGAGCCACAGAAAGGGAAAAUAGAGCCUGACAGUGUAGAUGCCAUUACAGAGCCUCCACAACAACAACCUAAUGGUCGGGUCCUGGGUUCUGCUGUGCCUGAGUCUGAUCACCAUGACAGCAGCGGCUCAAGAAACUGGCUGGUUAUCAUUGGAGUGAUUGUGGCCGUUGCUGCUAUUUUUCUUGUGUGUGCAGCUGUUGUCAAGAGAAAGAGCUGGUGUGGCAAACAGCAGACGCUGAUGAUCACAUCCAAAGACGGCGAGGGAAACGGGGCUGCAGCUUCCGCAUCCAGCUCCCAUUCCCAGGAGAGAGAGCAGGAAAUGGUGACCCUCAUGAACAAAGAGAAGAUCCAGGAGAACGGCAACACGGAGGAGUUCACCGUCAUCACACUAGAGGAGUCGCCAGAUAAACAGCUGGCGUGAGAGAAUAGUGUAGGGGCGGGCAGAAUAAGUAGGUGAGGAUAGGCAGGGUUUCCGUGAGGAGAUGGUUUGGAGGUGGCACGCGUUGGGGCUCCCAACACUGGGUGGAAAAACUGCUUUGGUGGCCAGCACUGGAUGGACACUAUGUAAGAAUAUGUGUGUUUGUUAUUUCGAAAGAUUAUCUAACUGAGGUACAAUAUUGUACUGGGUCGGCAGGGUCUUUCAACCCAACUUGUGCAUCAUUGUGUUUGUCUGGUAUGCCAGGUUAGGUAGGACUGAAUGGCAGUCAAAGAGCAGCAGGGUGUGUGGAUGUGUUAUGUGUCAGUUCUUUGUGUUUGUGAGCUGUAUGUUUAGUUGAUGAUAGGGCUGGAUAAUGGGAGGGGGGAUGAGGGUCUAACUUAGGGAGAACAUUGAUGGCAAAUUAUUCAUUUUUUUAUAUAGUUGGUGGAUCCUAAAUUGUAGCACCUUUCAUCGUAAAUGAUAAAUCAAUGAUGAGAACUGGGUUAUUAUAUUUGAGAUACUGUGGAUUAAAACAAAAUCUUAAUUUUGAGUAAAACAGCCUUUGAUGUUUUACAUGUGUUUCAUCUCCUUGUUUUGUUUAUUGUGGUAACUUUGUGUAUAUUUCAGACAUUGCCUGUGAGUUUUUUCAAUUUUCAAGACAAUUGGGGCUGUGGCUACCUUAAUGUAAGCAGCUUUGAAUCCCUUUUUCUUGGUCUCUGUAUAUAACGUAUAUGUUUUGGAAAUGCCUUAGCAAUAGCUGCAAGUGCUUUUUGUUGUUUGGUAGAAAGCGGCUUUGUAUCCCUUUUUAAAUAAAGGAAUGUGUCAUUUUUUGAGGGUUAUUUAAUUAGAAAGCAGUACCUCUGAAGUACACAUUUGUGAAUUAAUCUUUUGCAAUAGUCAGAGUGGAGUGGAUAUUGUAUGAAUGAACUUGAUGUAUAGCAUACAAAACUGUGCAAUUGAUGCACCACUGAAGUCCAUUAUUAUGGUAUGUAUUUAUAUUGGGCUGGUAAUAAUAAUGAUGAUGAAGUCCCGAAUGUUAUCCUGAGGAUAGGUGGCAUUAUAAAAAUUAUGUAGACAUACUAUAUACACAGUGUGUACAUUGAUUAAGGAAAAACAAAGAUCAAAAGAAAGAAUAGGAUUAAUUAAUCAUCUUUUGAAUGCUAAAAGUAUGCUCAUUUGUGUCAAUUGAGUGACAGCGGGCUAGCUUUAGAUGAUAAACUACAUGGCACCUAUGAUACCGGGGAGCCUACGAGCUGUUAACACAUAGCAAUGUAAAGGUUUCUUCAUAAAAAUGGCGCUGUGACAAAGUCGUCUACAUGGGUGGGGGGUGGGUAAUGAAGCUUGUGUGCUUGCCCAGGCCCCAAUGUGCCAGUUUUUGUACAUUUCACACAUGUAAACAAAAUGCUGCAGUUUUUCCACUGACCUUCCCCUUGGUGAAAUAUAUCAUUCAUUGUGUCAUAUCAAUAUUGUUCCUUGUGUGACAGCUAAUUCUUUCUGGUUCAGUAUGAAAAUGUAGAAUUACAUACAGCGAUUGCAAACUGAUUUCUUGUUCCGAUUUUUUCUCUGCUUUUGCUCACAUGGUUCCUUUUGAGGAGAAGUUGCAAAUGUACUUGUGUAGGCAGGUUUCAUGACAAAUUAACAAAAGAUGUUGCUGAGAAGAUUUGUAAUGUCAUGGAUGAAAAUAAAUGUGCAUAGAAAGAGA